AUGCGGCCAACGAGUUUUAAGUGGUUUGCAUUGUUAAUGCUGUCGGAGUUGAAGUGUUACGCCCAUGGCGCCUACAAUUGUUCUUCGCCGCCGAACUUUAACAAUUUCGAUGUGAACUCUUGCUGCCGCACGCCGGAAAUCAAUCUGGGCAACGUGCCACAAAAAUGCCAGAAGUACGUAAAUCAACUGAAGUCCGCCAAUCAGAAAUUUCCAGCAUUUGCGCAUCUGUGCUAUCCGGAGUGCAUAUAUAGAGAAACGGGCGCCUUGGUCAAUGGCAGGCUCCAAAUGGACAAGGUACGAGAGUAUCUGGAGGAGCAUGUGCAUCGCCGGGAUCAUGAAGUGGUGCCCCAUAUUGUGCGCUCAUUUGAGACUUGCCGCAACAACAUUCAUGGCCACAUGAAGUCCGCUAGGAUCGAAUCGUAUAAGGUUCUCACCCAGGGCUGUUCGCCCUAUGCGGCCAUGCUCUACAGCUGCGUCAAUGCGGAGACUUUCCUCAACUGUCCCGCCAAGUUGUGGAAGUCGGAUGAGCACUGCCUCGUGGCCAAACAAUUUGCAGAGCAAUGUAAUCCGCUGCCUCACGUUCCAUUGCCCAUGAGCUGA